AUGUUCGGUACGAAGUUGCGUACGUGGAUGGAGGCGCAUAUCGUGCGACCCAAGAAAAAGAAAGAUAGAAAGAAAGGUGAAAAAGGCUUUGAUUCAAAUUGCAACUCACCAGGUAGUCACAGUAACCGAUCACCGUCAGGGCUUCAUCAGGUUUAUCCAUUGAACUCGCCAGUAAAAAACGUAGACAAUAUUAUCAUAAACAACGGAUCAACGACGACGUACGAAGGCGCAACCACAAACUCAUCUGGAACUUCAGGUGGAACAGGAAGCGUUAAUUUAUCUUCGCCCGAAAGCGCUUAUAGCACUGGGUACUCGACUGACGGAACUUCACCAGGGGCCAGUUAUCCACCCGAGUAUUACAUAAAUAUCAGGACGGGAACGCACUACUUUCAGAGUAACAAAGGGGCUCGCAUUAACAAGCGACCCGGUGAAGCUACCAGCGUGAUGGUCAACGGUCCAGUAAAUGAGGUACAACGUGAAUGCGUCGAGAAUGUCAGGGUGAAUGGUAACAUUAACAUGACACGAGAGAACAAACUCAUCAGAGAACUCAAAACGACUAUUCCCUUUCAGCUUCAAAGACACGGCGGCGAGUUUAUUCAUAUAGAACAUAACACUGGUGUUGUCAAAGCUACCAUAUUGCCCUCAUCAAUUCCUCCGCCCUUAAUUUCUUCGCCCUCAGCCCAAUCGCCUCGGCAGCGCUCCCGCAUACGAACGAAUCCGUGGCUUUCCGCCAAUUCUUCUGGCUCUAGCACGGCUACGACGACAACAACAGCAACAACCGAAACGAUUGCCAACGGGUACAACAAAUCACGUUUAACCCAUGACGAGACCAGCAGCAGCUCUGGUCUCAAACUCACCGAGUCUUCCGGAAGUGCCAGUGAUGUUAACAUUAAUAACCAUAGGAACGGCAACACUAAGAGGGAGUGCCGACAAGAGAGCCUCAGCGCAGGGCGUAGUCCAAUAAAUCAAAAUUGGAGGAUUUCACCAGCGAUGGAUGUCAGAGCAAAAAUAUCAGGAUUGUUAAGACGCGUUAGCAGCAGCUCAUCAGAAUCGUCAUCAAUGACCCAAAGUUUUCGAUCAUCAGAAGAUGACAUCACGCUUAACGAAAUGAUGGGUAAAUUUGACGAGAGUUAUAUAUAUGAAAAAGAGACGGAUAUAUUGUCGGACAGCGAUCCAACUGACUGUGAGGACUAUGUCAAUCACUCACCGUCAGAUAUCGACACCGGCCAGGAUGGGGGUGAUGAAAACGAUCCACUUGAAAAUGACGAGCUUGAUUAUAUUGACAAUGGAAGUUUUCUGGAUCUCGAUAAUCUUGAAGCACAUUUACCCAAUACCGGGCACUGUACUUAUUUCACAUUCACAACCGAGCUAACACGUCGUAGCACACGGCUCAGGGAAUCACUUUUGAAAAGACGAUCUAAAGACGAAUUCCAACAUCGAACUUCAAGCAUGAGAAAUAAUUCAAAGCGUCAAAGUCUUCGCCACAAAAAGUUUGAUGAUAAGUCCGGUGAGAAGCGUAAAAAACGUCAAUCACAGCGUAAAAAAUCUGGAUUAGAAAAAUGCGACGAUGCAACAGCAAAUUUAAACAGGGUAUUAGUUGAAAGAAUGUUGCUGAAAAACUCAGGGUUUAAUCAAGGAAGCCGAAGUGUAGGUGGCACGCCAAUUUGUCUGAGACGAAGGAAGCACCACGAUAUAAAUGAGAAUUUGUCAUCAUUGAAGCAAAAUGAAGAUCACCACCGUAACUUUAUUCAUCCAAGUGUAAUGGAUAAUGAUGUAGUAAAGCGGCGAUCCAAUUCAGUGAGUUAUGUCAAUGGAAAUACAUUGAAGCAGCGUACGUCUGGGAAUUCUCGCAUGUCAACUUUUGCAUCAGAGCUUGCUCUUAUAGAAGCCGAUAGAGAAGCUGAUAGGAAAUAUCGAGAGCUUAUAGUUGAAGCUGAAAAUAUUCUUGUAAAUAUGAAAAAUACAACCACCACUACAACAACAACAGCUACUGCUACCACUAACACCAGAAAUACUUCGCCUGUAAUACCCUCGCCGUCACGACGACUUCACAAUGGAUUGGCUAACAAACGGGUCGAGUUGAUUAAAAAUACAGAGCUAAAUAUUGAACUGGCGUUAUUAAAAAGCCGUAAUUCACAGCCAGAAUUGCAGAGCGGAAGUAUACGUGAUAUAGAGCACACCAGCCCUAAACGACAAUUUAACCAGCCUUUUUCACCUAUCCACCGUUUUAUCGAACGCAAUUCUGGUAAUUUAAUAAAAGAUAAUUAUCAUUAUCGGCAAGAUAUUAAAUCUUCUGAAUCACCAGUUGUAUUAAGGCGCACACCACAACCUUCUCCCUGUCGUAGCUUAGUGCAAAAUCGCGUUUUGAUGAUGGAACAAGAGACAAAAGAUAGAUCGAGAUCUCGCGGCAUUGAAAUGAACGGUAUUAGGUCAUUUAGUCAAGACGGUAGAUUGUCGAAAACAUUUACCAGAGAGCAAGCAUUAUCACUUGCUCAAAAAACUUCUAGUCUUAUCAUCAAAAAAGAAAUUCCAAGGAAAACUAAGGAAGAUACUCUUACGUCGAGUUCUUCUGAGUCGGACGAUCGAUGUGAAUUGAGUCGAGCACCCUUGAUGACGUUCAGGUCUAUUGAUAUGGGACCAGUCAAAGAAAGUACUUACUAUUGUCCUCAAAGUGAACCAGUAAAGAGAAAAGUUUACGCCGGUAGUGCAACAUAUGGAAGGAUACAAAAAACACUAGGUGAACAUGUCGUUUUGAGAAAUUCUGAUGGAGAUACUGCGACUGAUGAUACAGAUGAUUCAAGACGGACCUUGAGAGAAAAGAUAGCGCAGUUACGACAAGAGCGAUUAGCAGCAGAAGCAAACUUGAAUGCUCAAGACAACCAAAAUUUCCAGCAUCACCUCACGCAGCUACGAAGACAGAUGCUGAUGCAUACGAUCGAGGGCCUAAAACGUAGCCUUGAGGAUCAGUCGGCUACUCUGAAGCAGACGUGCCUGCAGGAGCCGAUCCUCGACGACACGUUACCUUGA